AUGUACCGAGAUGAAGUACCUCUAUAUGGUGACCUCGUGAACAUUGUCCGAGAGGUUGAUCAGUCGCUUGUAUCAGCUGGGAAUAGUCAGAGUCUUCCUACCCGACAUGAGCUCGAACGGCACGGCGCCAUUAGACUCGGGACAGAGCUGGAGUUGCGGACUAUUAGACGCUUGUUCGCCAUCUUUGGUAUGUACCCCGUUGGGUAUUAUGACCUAGGGGUCGUCGACCUACCUCUACACGCCACUGCUUUCCGACCAGUGACGGAGGAAUCAUUGAACAAGAAUCCAUUCCGGGUGUUCACGACUUUAUUGAUCAAGCAGAGGUUGUCGCCGAAUAUUGCGGCUCUCGCCGACAGUAUUAUCGCUCAAAGAAAUCUGUUUACCCCUCGACUCCUUGAAAUCAUUGACAGCAUAGAAUCCGACCCGGAACGGGCACCAACUGUGCAAGAAGUCGAUGAACUCGUCCAGAAUGCGCUGCAGAUCUUCAAAUGGCACUCGAAAACCACCGUCUCGAUCGAGCAGUAUCGAGCGUUAAAAGAGGAGCAUCCGAUAGUGGCUGAUAUUGCUUGCUUUCCCAGCGCACAUAUCAACCACUUGACUCCUCGGACUUUGGAUAUCAACCUCGUGCAAGAAGAGAUGAUCAAGCGCGGUAUGCCAGCGAAGGAUAGAAUCGAAGGCCCUCCUGUCCGACAAUGCCCCAUUCUACUUCGCCAAACGAGUUUCAAGGCUCUUGAGGAACGCGUCGUUUUCACCACUGGUGACGGGUCUUUCACUGAUGGAACGCACACAGCACGGUUUGGAGAAGUCGAACAGCGAGGUGCGGCAGUCACUCCCAAGGGUCGUCAACUCUAUGACCAGCUUCUCAACCUCACGAUCCAGAGUAUGGAUGCCGCCACCAGUGGUAACAACGAUACCCAGCAUAGAGGCUUCGAUGUCGUACUGGCGGAAAAUUUCUCAAGAGGUUAUCCCGAUUCGUGGUCCGAACUCCUAACCCAGGGAUUGGUGUAUUUCCGUUUCGAGCCAUCGGCUUCAUCAUCUUCUGCUGAAGCGCGCCGCAAACUCCAAUCAAACAGCAAGAUCAACCUCUUCGAACUUCUGAGCCUCGGCCUGGUUGAGUCCGAACCCAUCACAUACGAGGACUUCUUACCUUUUUCUGCCGCGGGGAUUUUCAAGUCGAAUAUCAGCGAAAGCUCUGACGAGACUACGGAGUCCGAAUCGGUAUCAUCGGUGCAUGAACAUGGCGCCAUCCCCGAAAGUAAGGCUGGAUGGUCCGACAAGCGAGAAGAUUUGGAAAAUGCACUGGGAUGCAACAUACUGGACGAAUUCGAGCUGUAUGCCUCGUUGCAGCAGGAAAGUAUCAAAAAGUGCGAGAUGGAGCUGGAUUUGGAAGAGAUCAUCAUGCCUUGA